GGUUGGUUAAGGUUUAACCACUUGAGUCUCGUCGAAAAAAAAGGAUUUCGAGAGGGAAAAAAAAUCCUAUUCAAAUUCUGGUAUUUCGAAUUUAUAUAUAUUUCCAAAUUUCAAAAGAUAUUAAGCGAAAGGUCACGAUAAAAAGUUAGAUUAAAACAAAGAAAAUAAAAUAAAGAAAUGGCUUUUCUCUCGGCGAUGAAGUUGCAUGGACGUCCACCACUGAUCUCGUCCAAUCUCCACCAAAACUCCAAACCUACAGGUUCGGAUUCCGUUUCCUUUAACGCCUCUGAACUUGGCUCCGAACAACAGCCUCGGAGAUUCAGCUCAAAGCUCAAUCGCUGGAACAGGGCACGAGUCUUAAAGUCCGGCGUGAAGCUGGAUCGUACGAUUAAUAAUGGGUCAAAGUCAAACAGUACGACCGGUCCGAGGAGCGGGAUUGUUAAUUCGACGAGUCCUUCUGAUAUUUCGACAUUGGACAGUGACGUGUCAUCAAUUAACGGAGAUAACCAGACGGAUAUGACGGCGGCGAAGUCGAUUUACAUAGUCUCUGACGGAACUGGAUGGACGGCGGAACACGCCGUUAACGCUGCCUUGGGUCAAUUCGAUUAUUGCUUGGUCGACCGUGGCUGUCCCGUAACUACACAUCUCUUCUCAGGGAUCGAGGAUGGAGAGACGUUAAUGGAGAUCUUAAAACAAGCGGCAAGAGACGGAGCAAUGGUAAUCUACACUAUAGCUGACACAUCAAUGGCAGAAGCAGCCAGGAGAGCUUGUAAGCUAUGGAGUAUCCCUUCACUAGACAUCUUCGGACCAAUCACAGACUCAAUCUCCUCUCACUUAGGAGCUAAUCCUUCGGGUCUUUCACGUGGCGUCACAAACUCAUCUCUCAACGAAGACUACUUCAAACGAAUCGAAGCAAUAGAAUUCACAAUCAAACACGACGACGGUGCUUUGCCUGAGAAUCUUGAAAAAGCAGACAUUGUUCUUGUAGGUGUCUCUAGGACAGGGAAGACACCACUCUCGACUUACUUAGCUCAAAAGGGUUACAAAGUCUCUAACGUACCGAUCGUGAACGGUGUAGAUCUUCCCAAGACUCUGUUCGAGAUUGAUUCAAGAAAGGUUUUUGGUCUGAUGAUUAAUCCGGUCGUGUUGCAAGGGAUAAGAGAGGCAAGAGCCAAAACCCUUGGUCUUGGUUCGAGUUUUAAGACUCAGUACUCUGAGUUGAAAUCUGUUAAGGAAGAGCUUGAGCUUGCUAAGAGAAUAUUCGCAGAGAAUCCAACUUGGCCAGUGAUCGAAGUGACAGAGAGAGCAAUCGAGGAAACUGCGGCAGUGGUUUUGAGGCUUUAUGACGAAAGACAAAGCAAUCGAGCAAUGCCUCGCAUUUCUAAAUGCUACUAAGUACUAAGUAAGCAAGAACUAUUAUUGGAAGAGGAUUUUUGUUAAUGGGAAAAUCCCAUUAGUACUGUACAUCAUUACAUGACGACCAUGUUAUUGGGCCAACGUUAGGAUCCAUAUAUUUUCUAGCCCAAGUUGGAGAGAAGUGAGUGUGUAUUUUUUUUCCCCCACAAAACUAUUUCAUAAUGAACUAAUUUUAAUUUACGAAGUAUCAAAUUAAUAACUAGAUUUACAAACUCGUGUAUGUAAUAAAAUUAAUCGAUUAACUAUCAAACUAAUAAAU